AAUACCAAUAAACCACGUGCAGAAGUUCCGGUGCUCACCACUGCGUGCAUCGGGUUCAGAUUCUGAAGCAAAUUACCAGCAAUAUCCAAGGGAAUCAUAAAAAGUGGAAAUUAUUUGUUCCGCUAUGACGAUGAUGUACAUGUAUUCGGGACUACCGUUGGUGCAGUAUUUCCCUUGGUCGUCUGCAGCGUUUGCCUCUCAGUGCAACGGGCAGAAUUGUCUUCAAGUCCGGCCCCACGGUAAUUGGGAGAACUAUAAUGGACCCAAAGUGAACUGUCCCACGGGCGUACUUACCGAACAGCAAUAUGGUGGGCUCAACGGAGCUGCCCCGAGGAGGGAUCGGGUCGGAAAAGGGGAGGUCUCAUCCGCCGAUUGUUCAUUUUCGUCGGCCGCUGAAAAGACGGCGAGUAGCAGGUCCGAUGAUGGUCGGUCGUCCAAAGAGGACAACACCCAACUCAAGUUCGGCAUCGAUAAGAUACUUGGAAAUAGUUACUUUUCUGCAACGAAAAGAACAGAAAAGAAAAGUGUCGAUAAUAAGCCCGACUGUUCGAGUAACGAGGCAAACGGGACAUCGAGGAGGGACUGGGAUGCAGCUGCCCUCAGACCACUGGUUGCAUGCGCCGCAUGGAGCAGCCCGACGUACGACGAGGGGGAGGAUGGGUUUACGACACGGCGGACUGCGGCCCAUCAUCACGCUCGCCACUCGGCGGGCAAUGAGCUGCAACUGCCCGGGAGACUCAUCAGUUCCCCCGGUGGCUAUUGUGCGAGUCCAUAUCAAGACUUAUCCUCGAUAAUGCUCCACCACGGAGGUACCGAUCCAUGGUCUUACGCCCAGUACCGACUCGACUCUCACAGCAGCCUCCACCCUACCGAGAGGGAAGAGCCGCGCCUCCCUGCCGAUCUACCGACGACGCACCCGAAGCAAUCUCACCACCAGACGGUAUUGAAUCCCAGGGUGGUGGGUGGUAGAAGGAAGCGAAGCUGGUCCCGUGCCGUCUUCACCAGCUUGCAGCGCAAGGGACUGGAGAAGCGGUUCAGCCUGCAGAAGUACGUUAACAAACCAGAUCGGAGGCAACUUGCGGCUGCACUAGGGUUGACGGACGCCCAGGUGAAAGUGUGGUUCCAAAACAGACGGAUGAAGUGGCGUCACAGCCAGCGGGUUCAGAAACAGCAACGCCAGGCUGCCGACACAUCGACCGAGAGUACCGCAUUUGCGUCGGUCGGGGAGAGCGGAACGGACGGCGAGGAUGAGGCCGUAGACCGCGACGUCCGCACGGCAGCAAGUCACAAGGACGCACCGCCCGACGAUAAAGGGUUAAUAUUGAACACGUGGACACCUAAGUGACCGCCACUGCACGAGGACUUGCCAUGGUGUUCUGAGAUGGAACACUGAAACGUGUAAAAAGAACAUGAUUGCCAAAGGAAAUGAGGAAGAUACGUUCCUUCCAUUUUUAUAGUACGUUUGAUACACUGUGCCUUUUUGUGACAUAAAAUUAUGCCUAUACGUAUACAGUAGUAGGUUGGUCUUUCGCUCGCCAAAGCACUGUAAAUAAGUUAUGCCUAUAACAUUAAUGAAAAUACUGCAAAACGGAUGAGUGUAGUAUGUCAGCAAAGUUACCAACAGAUAUUAGAAGAUGUUAACAAGACCGAUAUCAAGUUUUAAAAGAAAAUCGCGAAAUAUGCGACAGUGAAAAAUGUUUUGUACAAGCAAGGACAGACUGGCCGAUCCUUGUUUACAUCAUCACUGGACGAGAUGAUAUGCCACUAUAUCAGCACUAAAUGUUUUAAUGUGCAAGUUAUUAUAUCCACACAACCUUUUUCAACCACAGACCCUCCUCGAAAGUACGACUUUGGCUGUCCAGGCUUCAUUUACACUUUUGGUCAGGAGCUACAAACAGACAGGCGUAGCCAAAGCCGGAGCCGACAUUUCGAAUAUACCUUAAAUGUAUAAACAUGAUUGGCAAAGUUGACAAUACGAAAUAAGAAACCUGCGGUUUUUUUUUGUAUUUUGUUGCCAAAUAAUAAAAACACAAUGGUUUACUUGUAA